AUGCCGAACAUUAAAUUAUUUGCUGUUAUGUACUUCAUUUUUGUUUCCUUCAUUGCCGUCUUUGCUACAUUGGAGCAUCAGUGGGUAACAUGGGAGGCUGGUGUUGGAGAACUGCAGCCUUCUUUGGAAGAACUACCGGUGCUGCACACCGCUUUUGUGCAAACUGGUGAAGAGCUCCAUUACUUCAGCGAAUCUGGGAGAUUUGAAACGGAAAUGAUGGUGGGGCAUAGGGUGCCAUCCGAUACAUCUGCAGGUGGAGGAACAAAAGCUAGGGAGAAAAAAUACAACGUUCGCAAAAUGGCUGGAGAUGACUCUUUGCCGAUCGAAUUUGAUCCACCUUUUGUGGAUUUUGGAGAAAGUUCUGUGGGACAGUCUUCCAAACGUCGAGUUUUUGUACGCAAUCGGCUGCAGAAAACAAUUAUACUGGAUUCAAUUGCUGGCGCUACAGUGAACUUCCACACCUCGUUUUUCAACACCGUUGAAAUAUCUCCUCUUGGAACUGCUUUUUUUGAAGUCGCAUUUCUUCCUCGUGAGGAAGGCAGAGCUGGCGUUGCCCUGAACAUCCAUACUUCCGUUGGUGUGUUUGUGUAUCAUGUUUCCGGCAGAUCUACAUCAAAUCCUUACCGCAUCAUUCCAUUUGUUGGCACUCGCCUUCCUUUCAACGGUACGGCAUACAAGGAUAUCGCUAUUCAUAACCCCUUCACUAGUACGUUUCGAAUCAGCGAGAUAGUUUCAUCCGGAGGCAAUGUCCAUCUCGAAAUGGCUUACGACAUCGACGGAAGAAUUGCUGGAGAGCCUCUACAAUAUUGGGAUAUCCGACCAUUUCAAACCAAGACUAUUUGUCGGGCUGUGAUCGUUGGUCAUACAAUGGAAAAUAGCACAAAUUUUAUACGAGUUACCGGCACUACUCUUGAUGGCGAUGGAAAGGACGAAGCGCAACAUUCUAUUGUUCUUCCCAUUCCAGUGGAAAUAAGUAAACGACGUGGCGUGUUUACCACAAAAGAUAUUUUGGACUUUGGUCUCUUAAGGCAAGGGGAGAGAUCUCAACCUCAGAUGUUUUCUGUUUAUCAAUAUAUGCUUAAUGGAAAGCUCGAGUUCGAGACCCUAUAUGUUGACAGAGGUGACCCCACAGGAAUAUACAUGGAAUUUGCAUCUACUCCACCUAUUGCUGUACUGCCAGGAAAAAACGCACAGCCAGGUAAACCAUCAGAUCUGGUGAAGGUGUUUUUCGACGCUUCACGAAUUACAUUUGAGACGGCACGACCAAGUGCUCGUACAUUCCAUGGACGAAUAAUUGCCCUCAGUCGAGGGGGCAACUUCAAUGUUACCAUUCCCUUUCGUGUUACUGUCUAUCAAGGAGAUAUGUAUUCUGUCGGGAAUGACUUAGCAUUGCAAGGAGAUCUGAAAGCACCUCACAAGCGCAGUGUUCGCCUUAGAAAUGGGUUGCCUUUUCCUGUAGCAGUAUGGAAUAUCUCAAUGUCUCCUGAUGCGAGGCAGUAUUUUACGGUGCGUUUGUUUGAGAAAACAACGGUGAUUGGUGUAGACGAAGAACAACCAGUUUUUCUGCUAAAAUACAACAAAAGGGUUCCUGACACGUUUGGUCAAGCUGUUGUGUAUGUGCACACUAAUAUUUCCACUUAUCGAGUCAAUCUAUGGAAGUAUUCCGGAAAAAUUCAAGUCGAACUAUUCUCUGUUGACCAGGAGUGUUUUGAUUUUGGUGUACUGGAAAGAAACGACACUAGAACAAUAAGAUUCGUAAUACGCAACAAAAACCACGCGGUGAUGACGGUACGAGGAUUAGCGGUUCCACGAUCAUCAGUGCACAGGCUAUACUUGGUUUCGAUACUUGAGAAAAAUGCGCUAGGAACGUGGGUACCGACUGAGAGUCGCGAAGAGUGGCCACAGGGAGCUGACUUGGAGAUUCCCUCCCACAGCGCCGCAUUUUUGGAUUUUGAGUUGAGACUACCUUUAGAUGGCGUCUUCUUUCCAUCGCAGAUGAUAAUUGCAACAGAAUUCGAGAGCAAAGUGUUUCCUGUGAAAUAUGAGAUUGCGCAAGGAAGUUUAACAUCAAUUCCCGAUCGUAUUUCUUUUGGCAAAACACAUCCUGGUAAAGUGGUGUUCAUGAAUUUACAGAUAUUCAACUCCUUUGCGGAGGAUAUGCAAGUUACUCGGUUGUCAACAACAUCAAAAGAUCCUAGAUUUUUCUUCGAAGGGUUUGAUCCAGCGCAUCCUCCUGUUCUUAGAUCCGGUCGCCUCACCAAUCUAGGGCGAGUUAUGUUCUUACCUGAGACACCAUGCUCGCAUGAUUACUGCUAUCUUGGGCUUCCUCUUCAUACCACAGACGGCCAGUGGUUCGUUCAUGGUUUGACAUUGCCUGCGAAUUUAGCUGAGGUAGACAGCUAUUUGUACAAAAAGCAGAGAGCUCGUUUUGACAAUCUUGUGAAAGCUGGAAAACAUCGAGUGAACACCACUGUUAUUGUCGAUACCGAUAGAGCUAAAAACAUCCAGAUCGAAUCUACUGCUGAAAUGGUAUGGCCUCGUCUUCUCACUCGCAACUCAGUGCAUUUCCCACUUACGGCUCUAGGGAAUUUCACAAUUGUAAACCUCACUCUUGCCAACCCUACAUCAGUGCCAAUCGCUGUUCAAGUCAUUCCCUUGGUUAUUUAUCCGGAUGCCGACGCUGUUGUGGAGUUUUUCCGCGAACACCUCAUCACACCAUUAACGUCAGAAGUGGAGAUGAACGAGACGUUGAUGUUCUCUUUACGAGACACCGAACUGUUCACCUUGAAACCUGACAGUCCCGUACCGCGACUACGAGAGGAGCUUGAAGCAGCAAUACCGCAAACAGUUCCAAGAUUCACGCUAUCGUUACUGCUGAAGCCUCAUAUGAAAGUGAGACUUCGGCUUGGCUUCUUGCCAUCAGACUAUACACUUCGAUCUUCACUUCUCUUAAUUAGGAACAAUUUGACCGUAAUUGAACCAGUCGUUGUGUAUGGAAGAGGUGCACGCAUAGGAAUGCGGGUGGAAAAUAUGGAAGCACGAUCGAAGCAACCCCUGCUCUUUGAAAUCCGUCAUGACCACCUGAGUGAUUGCAACAAUCCUAAACGAUUGAUGCACAAGCUAAGCUCCACCUUAACUGUUCGUCGUCCAUUUUCGGUGCUAAACUCGGGAGAAGUGCCUUUCACUGUGGUAAACAUGAGCAUCAACGGUGUACCAUGCGAGAAUCGUGGUUUCCGAAUACUUAACUGCUAUCCAUUCCGGCUCCAACCAAAUGAAACAUAUUCUCUUGAUGUCGCCUAUACUCCGGACUUUCUUACAACAACGAAUGAAGCUGAUCUACAGUUGUACAUGCACAUGAACGGUAGUUCAUGGAUGUUCUCCUUAGCAGCAACAGUACCCGAGGACAUGCUGUCUAGAUGUCACCGCGCUCUUCCAAGACCUCCUUUUGAGAACCUAAUGUAUUACAGCUGUGUGACGGCUCUGAUUUUCUGCUUGGUAUGCGUAUUGGCAUGUGCAUAUUUGGAAGGAGAUCGAGCCAUCGCAUGCGCUAUUCGGCAGCAUCAUACGGCCCCGAGAUCUGUGUUCGACUUGAACAAUCUAGAUGUAAAGAAAAGCGGUAAUGCGCCCUCUGAUAGCAUUUCUCGUAAUCAUGCUGGGAAGACAUCGACUUCUUGGUCCGAACCGGUGCCCUCUGGCCUACAUGCUGCAGCUGAUGCGUCGAUGAUCCUCCGAGUAUUCUAUCAGGCUGCAAAUUCUAUCUUGAAAGCGGUACACUUUGUAUGGCGAAUCUCCUUGCUCUAUAGAAAUGAUAAACAAGAUCAGCCGAAAAAGGAAAGCAAGAAGAAGAAGAAAACACAAGUGUCCGUUAUUCAUUCCAAAGCCAAGGAUGCGAAAGACAAGGAAGUCUCAAAGGAAUCUGUGGUCCAGCCGUCCGCAAAAUCAAACAAAACAAAGUAUGCUGCACAACAACAACAACAACAACAAGUAUCAGCAAAUGGGAAGAAAGUUCAACCAGUAGCACCAAUGCAUAAAUUAAGCGCGAAAUUGUCCAUGUCUCCAAAAGCUCCUACGAAUCAAAGAAAAAAAAGCAAUGCAUCCACUGAAGCUGAUCGGAGAUUAGCUCGAGCUCAACAGCUUAUUGAUGGGAAUUUGGAAAGGCCAACUUUGGCGACAUCGAACAUGAGCAGCCAUAGUCCGACGUCAAACUCCUCCGCAACCAUAGUGCACCCUGCUGUACGUGCGGUGGCUGCUAAACGUGAAGAGAGACGUCGCGAUAAUCUGGAGCGUGAGACAGUCGAGCCGCCCCGUCAGAAGCCCCAACCUGUUGCUGUUGCGCCUGUUCAACAGAGGAGAUCUGUCAGUCCCCAGUCACCAUCAUCUUCGUCAGAAGUUCCGAUCCCUCCAUCCACAGUUACUCCCACACCCCCAAUAGCUAGUUCAACCUCACCAAAUCUGUCAAAUCCUAUCACUGUUUCAACGUCCAUGCCAACGUCUCGGCCCUCUGUGAUUCCAGUUUCGGCCGUGCAUCCUACAGUUUAUACAGGGACAGUCGCAGGAACUGAGCCAAUUCCAAUCCCAGUGAUGUUACCAGUAAUUCCCACUCUCAUUCCUGGAUUGACCCUACCGAUCAGUGGAGUAGAUAUGGCUGGUGUUUCUUUGGGGGCUUUAGCCGAGUAUUACGGACAAAUCGCCGCUUACGACGAAUCCGUUAUGCCUGCUACACCAACACCUUCACUUGCCUCUAGCGUUGGAAACGAUCGCGCGCCAAGCCUACGAGAAAUGACACUGAGUCCCUUUGCUUCUCGAUCUCGGCAGCAUAGCGAAAGCGAACAUAGCGUUGCUAGCGAACUUAGCGCAGCACCAGACUGGCUAGAUGAGGUCGUGGGUCCAGAUGAUGUUGAUGACGACUUCUCAGCAAUGGCAGCUGCAAGCGAAUUUAUGAUGAGCGGAUCGGGAGAGGAUGCUGAAAGUAGUAGAGCCCAAACACCUCAGCCUCCACAACGUCCGACUACAAACGCGCAAGUACAACAGAAAAGGCGCCCUCGUCGUGAGAAACGAAGACGUGGUGGAAGAAAUAGUGGGAAUGAUAGUGCCAGCAGUGUGGAGAAAGUGAAUAGUAAUGAACUUGGAAAAGAACGUGGUUCUAAGAAAACAUUAGCUGCUGAGUUGAAUGAAGAACGUCGACGUAGAGAGGAUGAGUACUUGCGUAACAAUAGCGCAGGAGGAUUGGGUGAUUGGCCUAUGCCAGAUCUCCACCUUGGAUCACUUAUCGAAGCCGAUGAACGAGUUCAGGGUUCGAGGCUGUGGCCUCCUACACCAGUAGGUUCACGUGCGUCACUAGCUUCCCAGUGGAAUGAUCACAAUGUACCGACUUCCUCAGCAGGAGCAGGAAACGUCCAAUAUGACCCAAUGUCUCUUGGAUUAUCAUUGGGAACGACUGUCGCUCCUGUGGAUCACACUGCCCCAUUCAGCAUUUUCGCAGGCGCUGACUUCAGCUUGUGGUCUAGCGCUGCCACUGGCGACUCACACAGUGCUUGGAGCAAUCCCGGCGAAAAAUCAGCUGAUAAUACUCCUUGCAAAGGAAACCGUCGCCAACGUCGACGCCUUCGAACAACCACAGAAGCUCUAGAAUUCCGGACGGAAGACAUCGAAGAACUAUCUAUCAGAAGGAACAAGUAUCAGAAGGCGUCGAAGAAGCGGCGUGCGAAUCUCACCACCGAAUGCAUUGACAAGUUCAAGAUUAGUACAUGUGCCAAAUGUGAUAGCGAUCUUCAUUCAUUCGUCAUUAUUUUGAUCAAUCUUGACGAAAAUAAUGGUUGCUCGAAGUUUUGCAUAAGGUCGGACACUGGCAAAAUUACGCCUACGGAUAAGUCAAGCUUAUACUCUGCACGCUCCUUUUCUUUCAAGGUGUUGGAUUUUACUGCACUGCACUGA